AGCGAGUGCAUUUUCACGAGGCUACUAGCUUACAUGGCCAAAGUCCGUGACAUCUGGAUUCUUGCAAGGAUUGGAUUAGGUUGCUGAUAUCCCAUAUCAAGCUUCAAACUUCAAACAUGUCGUGCAUCAACAGUUGUCGCUUUAGCUCCAUCAUACCAUCUACCAAUGUUCCUUCUUCUACGCCCAGAACAUCAUCAAGUUUCAAUUUUUCCUCCAGAUCAAGACACCCAAUUACUUGUUCCAUUGGAGGAGCAGUUGCUGAACCAAAUGCAGUUGCCGCCGAACCACUUUUGCUUAACGCAGUUCGAGGGAAAGAUGUUGAAAGACCACCAGUUUGGCUCAUGAGGCAAGCAGGGAGGUACAUGAAGAGUUACCAAAUCAUCUAUGAGAAAUAUCCUUCAUUUCGUGUAAGAUCUGAAAAUGUUGAUCUUGUUGUGGAAAUUUCAUUGCAACCAUGGAAAGUUUUCAAGCCUGAUGGGGUGAUUUUAUUCUCAGACAUUCUUACCCCACUUUCUGGAAUGAAUAUACCUUUUGAUAUUGUGAAGGGUAAGGGUCCUAUCAUAUUUGAUCCUAUUCGUACAGCUGCCCAGGUGGAUGAAGUGAGGGAGUUUGUUCCUGAAGAUUCAGUUCCAUAUGUUGGUGAAGCACUGACAAUUUUGAGGAAAGAGGUGGAUAAUAAAGCUGCAGUCCUUGGAUUUGUCGGGGCUCCAUUUACCCUGGCAUCAUAUGUGGUUGAAGGUUGUUCAUCAAAACACUUCUCAAAAAUAAAAGGAUUGGCUUUCUCUGAACCCAAGGUCCUCCACUCUUUACUACAGAAAUUUACAACGUCAAUGGCAAGAUACAUUCAAUACCAAGCUGACAAAGGAGCUCAAGCUGUUCAGAUAUUUGACUCAUGGGCAACAGAGCUUAGUCCAGUGGAUUUUGAAGAAUUCAGUUUGCCUUACUUGAAGCAGAUUGUAGAUAUUGUGAAGAAAACACAUCCACAACUCCCUUUAAUCUUGUAUGCAAGUGGUGCUGGUGGAUUGCUUGAGAGGCUACCUUCAACAGGUGUGGAUGUAUUUAGCUUGGAUUGGAUGGUUGAUAUGGCUGAUGGAAGGAAGCGGUUGGGACCAAAUGCAGUAGUCCAGGGUAAUGUGGAUCCUGGUGUCCUUUUUGGUUCAAAACAGUUCAUCACUGAUAGAAUAAACGAUACUGUGAGAAAAGCAGGCAGGGGAAAACAUAUCUUGAAUCUUGGUCAUGGCAUUGUAGUAGGAACACCAGAGGAGAAUGUUGCUCAUUUUUUUGAGGUUGCUAAAGGAAUCAGAUACUAAGUGUAGGUGAACAUUUUCAAGCUUGAUUUUAUCUUUAUUUUGCUAGAUUGAGUUUAGUUAAAAUUGAAUUUGAA